AUGGACAAGGAGGGGCAAGAAAAAUUGGAAAACUACCUGAAACAGUUCCUGUCAGGUGAUAAACCAAAGACACAGUCGGUGGAACAGACACAACCUUCUUUGAGCGAACCUUCGACGCGUGUAGCACAUCGAAUGGAGCAGACCCAGCAUGCACAGAAUGCGCAGAGCGCGGAACCAUCUGACGGAUGGACACCGUCAUCCUGGCGAUCCAAACCUAUCAAACAGGUCGUUACCUACGAGGACCAAGCAGCUGUGAGCACUUCAUUGACAAAACUAUCAAGCCUGCCACCAAUCGUAACACCUACGGAGAUUACCAGACUGAAGUCUAGUCUGAGAGAUGCGGCGCUGGGCGAAGCUUUCUUGUUGCAAGGAGGUGACUGCGCCGAGCUGUUCUCCUACUGCGCGGACAAUCCAAUCGACGCCAAGAUCAAGCUUCUGUUGCAGAUGAGUUUGGUUCUGAUUUGGGGUUCCAACAAGCCUGUGAUCCGCAUCGGUCGGAUAGCGGGGCAGUAUGCAAAGCCAAGAUCCAGUCCGACGGAGAUGCUCAAUGGCAAAGAGAUCCCAAGCUUUAGAGGGGAUAUUCUCAAUGGAUAUGACCCCGAAUCCAGGAGAGUGGACCCAGAGAGACUUGUUAGCGCAUACUUCCACUCUGCCACGACGCUGAAUUACAUUCGUGGCCAGCUCGCAAGCGGUAUCGCUGAUUUACACAAUCCUCUAGACUGGGAGCUUGGGCACGUCCGAGACGAAGAGUUGCAGGCAAAGUACACCCAAAUUGUUCAAAGUAUCUCCGACUCCCUCCGUUUUAUGAAGACGAUUGGUGCAGAUACAUCAGGCCAAUUACAGACUGUCGAUCUCUACACCAGUCACGAAGGUCUUGUACUAGAGUACGAGCAGAGCCUGACGAGGAAACUGAAGCACCCAGCGGGCUACAAGCCCUCACGACCAUCGGAGGAUGGGAAGGGCUGGUACAACACCUCUGCACACUUCAUCUGGAUUGGCGACCGCACUCGCCAGAUUGACGGAGGCCAUGUGGAGUACUUCCGUGGAAUCGAGAACCCAAUCGGUAUCAAGGUUGGACCGUCGAUGAAGAAUGACGAACUGGUGGAGCUUCUUGAUAUUGUGAAUCCCAACAAGGAGAUUGGCAAGAUCACUCUUAUCACACGCUACGGCGCAGACAAGGUCGAGUCGAUGCUUGGUGCACACAUUGAAGCAGUCAAGAGCAGCGGACAUGUUGUCGUCUGGCAGUGCGAUCCUAUGCAUGGAAACACUCGCAGCACGCCAACGGGUAUCAAGACCCGUUCUUUCAACAGCAUCUUUGCCGAGCUUUCAUCAGCCCUCAAAAUUCACAAGCAGCAUGGCUCUUUCCUGGGUGGCAUGCAUCUUGAGCUUACUGGUGAUGCGGUCACAGAAUGUACUGGUGGCAGUGAAGGCCUUGUUGAUGCGGAUCUCAGCUUGAAUUACACGACAUACUGCGAUCCCAGACUGAAUGAGAAGCAAGCGUUGGAAUUGGCGUUCCUUGUCGCAGGCCAUUAUCGUGCAGAUGGAGAGCUAUAG